GGAGGAGGUUUUCCAGGUUGGAUGGAAUCCAAAGAAUGAAACUAUCUUGGCUUCUUGUUGUCUGGGUAGGAGGCUCAUGGUGUGGGAUCUUAGCAGGAUUGACGAAGAGCAGUCACCAGAAGACGCGGAAGAUGGUCCACCAGAAUUGCUCUUUAUUCAUGGUGGUCAUACAAGCAAAAUAUCUGACUUUUCCUGGAAUCCAUGUGAAGANUGGGUUGUUGCUAGUGUCGCUGAAGACAACAUACUUCAAAUAUGGCAGAUGGCAGAGAACAUAUACCAUGACGAAGAUGAUCUGCCAGAAGAGUCAACGAAAGCCGCAGCUUCGUAAUGUAUUGAUGGACAUGACAUUUAGCAUUUAGUGUAGUGUUGAAUACAGGUUGAGUGUUGUUCCAUAUUAAUUUGUGNUGUUACUUCGUUCUUCACCUUAGUUGUAGCUUUGUUUUUGAAAGGUGUGAAUUAUGAUAUGAUUGCCUUCACCAGUAGCAUGGUGAACAACCGAGACNUAGGUGUAAUUUUCGAUGGUAAAGGUUUCCCAUUUAUGUUUACAAAAUAUCAUAUCUGAUUGUGAUAGUACUCAUCAUAAUCCAUCUGAUCUUAGUUACAUNUGUGCAAAAAAA